AAGUUUGAAAUUCGCAAACUACGCAAAAUCUGCUGUCGAAGAGUGAGAGGAAGAGAGAGAUGGCGGAAUUUGAAGACGAAGAAUUCCUAGCUCAGGUAGCCGCAGCAGAAGCUGAAGCUCUUUCCACCGCCACCGCCGCCAAGCGUCGCCGGAUCUCUGCCGCCCUAACCACCACCGCCGCCGUCACUACCGCAAAGCACAACGUCAACACCAAUAACAUUAUCAGUGUUGAAGAAGGAGCUUAUAUCGCGGCUCUGAAAGGGAGCAAAAGCGUCGUAUUCCAACAAAAAGGACCGACUAAUGCUCUCUCUACUCCGAUUAACAACAGCUACAAAGCACAUAGCAAUUAUUUGCCUAGUUCCGACGCUGCUGCUGGUUCGUGCUUUAAGUGCGGGAAAUUAGGGCACUGGGCUCGGGAUUGCGAUGUUAAUCCACCGAAUGAUGAUUCCACGAGCUUUCCUGAGAAGAAAUGUGCAUGUGGAUUAGGUAAUUGCCUUGUGCUUACUGCUAAUACUGAGAAGAAUCGUGGCCGUAAGUUCUACAAAUGCCCCAUCAGACAGGAGAAUGGUGGUUGUGGAUUCUUUGAGUGGUGUGACCAACCUUCUGUUACCAAUACUGCAACUAUCCGAGGCCCUAGUUACUCUGUUAGUUCCUCGUUCCCGGAAAUUUCAUGUCCAUGUGGUUCUGGCACAUGCCUAGUUCUGACAGCCAAAACAGGAAAAAAUAUUGGUCAGCAGUUCUACCGUUGUCCUUCUAAUCAGGGAAGUUGUGGGUUCUUCAAAUGGUGUAACGACAACACGACCAAUGCUAGCUUCUCAAAUUCAUCUAACAUCUCUCAAACUUAUCCAAACAUGGAUGGCUCAACCAACAAAAUCCACAAUUCAGUCCCUUCUUCCUGUUUCAAAUGUGGCAAUGCUGGGCACUGGGCUAAAGAUUGUCCUCAGUCGUCUUCUCAACGCACUGCUGCUGAUGGAGGGGUAAAGUACCCGAAUUCAAGCACUUGUUUUAAGUGUGGCAAGCCUGGUCACUGGGCCAAGGACUGUUCAUCUAACUGAUUCCAGAGCAGUGAUUGGACAUUAAGUGGAUUCCCUUGUGGUUUUCAAGAAUUGCAAAUAGACGUAAACUUGAUAUCUGAACAUAGUCAAGUUCCUUUAGCUUCGAGUAGAGGAUGAAAUAUCUGAAGCACUGUUAUGGUUUUGAUGUAAAUACCACCCGAGUCCUCCAGGAAAGUUGUUUGUUUUCUUUGAACACCAAAUCAGCCACAAGUUGCAGUUAAUUGCACAUCCACAAUGAGCAUGUGUGAUCUUGGAUUUUGCUGAUGUUUGGAAUGUUGAUCUGCCUGUUAACUGCUUUCUUCUAUUAUUUUGCUGUUUGGUAAUGGUUUAAUAACCCCAUUUUCCCUAAAUCUUCCAAUUUUUCAA